UAUUUGAUAUAUGAGGGAUCCCUUUUUUUUAUAUUUUUGGAAAGGUGUGAUUUUUGGACCUUGCGAUUUGCCCCUUCUUAAUUUAGAAAAAAUAUUUUGGUGGUUUUAUAGUUUGUGGAUUUGUGUUUUAUUUUGUGUUUUUGUAUUUUAUUAUAUUUGGAAUUUAAAAUUUUUUAAUAUUUUUUUAGCCCCUUUGGAAUUUGGACAAGUCGAAUGUCCGGAUGAAAUGGAAUGCCAUUACCACUGCUGGGGUCUGCUCGAGUGGGAAAAUCCCAUUUUUUGCUCUAUGGAACAACCCAAUAUUGUUUUAGGGUCUACAACCCCGUCCGCCCCAACAACUACUGCCAAUAGUCGUUUUACUGUCACUCAACACAUAUAUAUCGUACAUUUCACUCAGGGAUUAAUUCUAUUUUUGAUUUUUGUUUUGAUUUGUUUUGUUUAUUUUACCCGCCGAACUGUUCCUGCCCGUCCUAUUCCCAAAAAUCGUCCCAAACCUAACUUUUCUCUUCCAAAACCUCUCCUUAUUUCCGCAGUUUAA